AUGUUUCACCUUGCACUGUCGUUAUACACGCAAUACAGCAGGCGGGAGCAGUAUAAUGUGCUUAUUCUAGGGCUCGACAAUGCUGGUAAAACGACGUUUCUCGAGCAUAUUAAGUUGCUCUACCCAGCCCCCAACGAGAGCCUGGCACAGCAGAACAAACGCAAUGCUAGUGCUGGAUCCAGUUUAACUAGACAUCUUGAUACAGAGGAGGAGUCCUCGAGUGCUGGCAGUAAGGAGCCUUCAGACUCGGUCAAGAUCCUCAAGGGCAAACGUAUAUUGCCUACCGUGGGACAGAACACCACCACUGUCCGGUUCAAACCUAGCGAUACUGCCAGCAGUGCUGCAGCAAACCUCAAGAAUAUAAAUCUAAAGUUUUGGGACUUGGGAGGCCAGCGGUCCCUUCGAAGCAUGUGGUCCAGAUACUACCGCUCAUGUCACGGUAUCAUAUUUAUCAUUGAUUCCACAGAUACAGAUAGAUUCAGCGAGUGCUACGAUACUCUCAUGGAAAUUGCCAAUGACUCGCUGUGGAAAGUAGAAGGUGGUGAAAGCGUGAAUGUCCCUAUACUCAUGUUAGCAAAUAAGCAAGACUUGCCGCAGGCGGUGGACUUGGUAUCGUUGAAGACCGGUGUAUUUAUAGAGGUUGUGAGUCAGUUGGAGGCUACUGACUCGAAACUAUUGCCCGUUUCUGUUUUGGAGAACCAGGGGUUGAAAGAGAGUUUGGAGUGGCUUGUGACCCGAUUAAAUUACAACAAGCCUAAUAAGAAGCCAGAAUACCGAUAA